CUAUUCAAAUGCCAACGAGAUGCAGCUCGAGAUGCCAAUACACUAUAUACCAAUGCUAGGAAUUUUCCUUGCAAUCGUUACAACUCGCUGCAUGACAUCCUCCACUAGCAUUGAUCUUAAUCUUGCAAGGAAGGAAAUGGUCAUCCUUGGGACACAGUAUGCAUGGGAAAUGAAGAAGGGUCUCUUUAGUGUCAUGCACUAUCUCAUGCCUAAGCGCCAAAUCCUAUCCCUGCACUCUGGCUGCAACAUGGGAAAAGUUGGGGAUGUUGCUCUCUUUUUUGGACUCUCAGGUACUGGAAAGACCGCUCUGUCCACGGAUCAUAAUAGGUAUUUAAUUGGAGAUGACGAACACUGUUGGAGUGAGAGUGGUGUCUCAAACAUUUAAGGGGGUGCUACGCCAAAUG